AUGGUCCAUCUCGCCAAAGUUAAGAACGACAAUGAGGUCCUCCCCUCUAUUCGUGAUGUUGACUCCAUUCCUCCUGUGGAACUAAAUGACUUCGACACCAAUGUCUACGGCACUCACUUUGCUGCGGAUCAUAUGCCUCAGCAUGAAAUGCCAGAGCGAGAGAUGCCCCGCCAGGUUGCCGCUCGGAUGAUCAAGGAUGAGCUCAGUUUGGACGGUAAUCCCAAGCUCAACCUCGCCAGUUUCGUCACCACGUACAUGGAAGAUGAGAUCGAGGAGAUCAUGACCGAAUCUUUCAGCAAGAACUUCAUUGAUUACGAGGAAUAUCCCCACUCCGCCGAGAUCCAGAACCGAUGCGUGAAUAUGAUUGCUAGACUCUUCAACGUUCCCACUGAUCCCAACAGUGAGAAUGCCAUGGGUACUUCGACCAUUGGGUCUUCCGAGGCCAUUAUGCUGGGAACACUAGCUAUGAAGAAGCGAUGGCAGAACAAGCGCAAGGCCGAGGGUAAGGACUGGUCGCGCCCCAACAUUGUGAUGAACAGUGCUGUCCAGGUCUGCUGGGAAAAGGCUGCUCGUUACUUCGACAUCGAGGAGAAGUACGUCUACUGCACCGACACCCGAUUUGUGAUCGACCCUAAAGAGGCAGUCGAUUUGGUGGAUGAGAACACAAUCGGUAUCUGCGCUAUCUUGGGUACCACCUACACCGGUGAAUAUGAGGAUGUCAAGGCGAUCAACGAUCUGCUAGUGGAGCGUAACAUCGACUGCCCAAUUCACGUUGAUGCGGCUAGUGGUGGCUUUGUCGCGCCAUUCAUCACCCCCGAGCUGGAGUGGGACUUCCGUCUGGAAAAGGUCGUUUCUAUCAACGUCUCCGGUCACAAGUAUGGUCUGGUCUACCCCGGUGUCGGAUGGGUCAUCUGGCGCUCUCCUGAAUUUUUGCCCCAGGAAUUGGUGUUCAACAUCAAUUACCUAGGAGCCGACCAGGCCAGCUUUACUCUGAACUUCUCCAAGGGUGCUUCUCAUGUUAUUGCCCAAUACUACCAACUGAUCCGCCUGGGUAAGCACGGUUACCGUGCAAUCAUGACCAACCUGACUCGCAUCAGCGACUACAUGUCUGCGGAAUUCGCGAAGAUGGGCAUGGUCAUGUUGAGUGAGACACAUGGCCGGGGUCUGCCGUUGGUGGCCUGGCGUCUUCCCACAAACAACGGUCGUGUCUACGAUGAAUUCGCCGUGGCCCACCAGCUACGCGAGCGGGGCUGGAUUGUGCCUGCUUACACCAUGGCGCCUCAUAGCGAGAAGCUGCAGAUGAUGCGCAUUGUCAUCCGCGAAGACUUUAGCAUGAACCGAUGUGACAGCUUGAUUCAGGACUUCAAACUUGCUAUCGAGACUUUGGAUGCUAUGGACAAGUCCAUGAUUGCCAAGUACAAGACGCAUAUGCAGAGCCACCGCAACCACCCUCGACACCAGUCGCGUGUCCACUCUCACUACAUCGGCGAGAAACACUCGCUGCAGGGCAAGUCUGGCAAGACACAUGGCGUGUGUUAA